AUGGUCAGAAUAAGACAAGACGGGGUUAGGGGGAUAUGUAUUGUGGAAGUGGAAUCACAACAUCCGUGCACCGCGCUACUGGCAGCGCCAUCUAUCGAAGCCUGCCCUCCCGAUAGCGUCAUUUCCGAAGAUGUCUGUAAAUGCGACGCCUCGACUUGCAGGAAACCUCCCUGUCCGACAGAACUUCAAGUGGCGCAGAACGGCACUGAUCUCCCCGGACAGUGCUGCCCCAUGUACGAGUGCGUCGGUUGUAAGGACGAGGAUAAAAUCAAUGGAACGUGCCCUUGUGGAAAGGGGGCUGUUAUAAAUGGGUACAAAUGUGAAUGUCUCGAUAAAGAAAAGCAUUUGGUUGAUGGAGAAUGCGUAUGUGACACAAAAUUAUGUCCUAUCCUUGCACUUUGUGACAAAAAGUCUGUGGCAGUGACAGUAACUGAAGGAUGCUGUAAGAAAAAUAUUUGCAAACCAUGUCCAUUUGAUAGCGAAUCCACUACAGUCGAAGGUGAUGAAAUUGAAGAUCAUUGUGUCUGCCUUCCAUGUAAAGCAGAAUGUGGAUUUAAUAAACGAGUGGUCAUCAAGAGACACGGCAGCGGAUUCCCAGGUAACUGCUGCGAUCUUUACGAAUGCAAAAAGCCUGAAGAAACUAAAGAUAAAGAAUGCACCUACAACGGUCAAGUUUAUCAACACGACGUGGAAUGGAUUACGGAUGACUCGCAGAAAUGUAAGUGUGACAAUGGAUUGGCCCUUUGCUCGAAGGAGAAGGAGAAAGAAGGGCGGCCUUGUUUUGUAGACAACCAACUUUAUAGCCAUUCCGCUACUUGGUACAAGGACGACGGAUGCACAGCUUGUGAAUGCCAGAACGGCACACCUAGGUGUAUUGCUCAUUACUGCGACUCUGUGCAAGAAAAUGUCGUACACACGAACGAAACCUGUACCCAAGACGGCAACAUCCACCAUCAUACAGAUGUAUGGUGGGAACGAGAUGGUUGCACCAAUUGUACUUGCAUCAGUGGCCACGUAGAAUGCAAUUCAGACCAGUGCGAACAGGAAACCACCACAGUGCGAAUCAACAAAUGUCCCGUGUUAGAAAACUGCAACAAAACAUGCCUUAACGGUUUUAAACUAAAUAGAAAAGGAUGCGAAAUAUGCAAAUGCAACAGUAUAAGACUUGGCCAGGACAUUUUGGGCCGAUAUAAUAUAUCGAUGCAUGAUUUGAUUAAGAUUUUAGACGAUUAUAAAAACAAACGACAUUCGACGACUCCUGCGACGACUUUAACUACCAGUGGUACUACAUCUGGUGCUCCUUCCAGUACUACCAGCAGUGUCAGUACUAGCACUAGAACGGUUCCAAGCACAAUUUCAGAUAAGACACUUGAAAUAGUGGAUAAUCAUUUGCCAGUAGUUAUUAUGAAUAGAAAUGCAGAAUUCCUUCAGGAACAACCCACUUCCACCACCACUGAACCAUCUGUUAGACCAACAGAUAAGGAAACUGAUUGGUUGAUCUACGUCCUCAUUGUCGGACUGGCCGGAUUCCUCUUGUUCGUCGCUUUGGUAAUUCUUUGCGUCUACAAGGGCAGACGAAAAAGCAGCAUAGACUUGUCUCAUUGCCAGUACCAAACCGUGAGCAAUCAUAACAACAACAACACGAUCAGAAAAACUGAUCAACUCCUCUGAAGGGUAUCUUCUGAAUAAACUUGUGAUAUAUAUAAUACAUGUAUUAGUGAAAAAACGAAAGUAGGGUGAUAACGGGACUAUAUUAUUUUCAAUCAGAUGAAAAGUUUUGGUGAGAAAUGUAUACCCGCGGGAGAAUAUUCUUUCGCAUACAUUGUUAAAGGCGUUUUUUAAGUAAAAGUUACUUUUAUUUUCAGAAUGCAAUAUAUUAUGUUUUUGACGCAAUAUCAUGUAAAAUAUAUAGCAUAUUUUUACAUUAAAAACUGUUCAUUUGAUUCGAAACACACUAAAACAAUUUCUUCAAUAUAUAUUGACUGGUAUAUAAGUAAAUUCCAGGAUUGUUAGUGGUUAAUACAAACAGACAGGAGUACAUCAUCAUCAUCAUCAUCAUCAUCAUCAUCAUCAUCAAUGGCUUUACGACUAUUCGUGAGUCUUUACCGCGUUUACUAUUGCUUUCCAUGUUUGUCGGUCCUGUGCCACUAAUUCCCAUUGUCUCACUCCCAUUUUCUCCAGAUUUUCUUUGACUGCAUCUUUCCACCUUUUUCUAGGCCGUCCCACAGAUUUUCUUCCAUCUGGUCGUUCCCAAAACACAUUGUUUAUAAGGUGAUUGUCGUUACUGCGUAUCAAAUGAGUCCUGCCCAUCUGAGUCUAUUGGCCUUUAUGUUUCUGACUAUAUUUUCCUUUCCGAAUAGAGACGCUUAACUCGUUAUUGUAUCUGCGCCUCCAUUCGUUUGUCACGCUUUAUCUCUGCAAGGGCAUUAUAUCAUUCGAAGGAUUUUAUGUUCCCACAGUAGCAAUUUAUUUACUUCUUUUUUUGUUAGCGUCCAUUCCAUGUUUCGCUUCCAUAUGCGACUGCUGGUCGUAUUACGGUCUUAUAUAUCUAGAUUUUUGCAGCUCGUGAAAGAAGUUUUGACUUCAUUAGAUGUUGCAUUUCAAAAAAGAUUUGUUUUCUGCCAUUAUUCGCGUUUUACCUUCUCGCUCUAAUUUGUUGUCAUUUGUGAUUGUUGCUCCUAGAUAUUUAAAUUCUUUAACCACUUCUAAGUUAUGAUCGUUUAUAGCAAUAGACGAAGAGGCAGCGCUGAAAAAUCUCUUUGAAUUUACUAAAGCUAGAUUUUUCACAGCAGAUUACUGUGAGUGUGUAGAGAAACAUACUGCGGUCGGUCAAGCGAAACGUAGAACAGGGGUUACUGAGAGGGUAUCAAAGUUGCUUUCCUACGAAGGUAAUUAUUUCCAUUUACUAAGGCUGAAAAUCAGUACACACAUUCUAAAUUAAAUAUAAAUAAAAGUUAUUAUAGUCGGUCAGCUGUAU